GUGAUGAAGCACGUUGCGUAGGAAACGAGACAGGAGCGAUAAGUUACUGUUAGGAUUAAAGGCGAUAUCAUGACUUUUCAGUGGACAGCGGUUGCCUCUUUCCUUUAUGCAGAAAUAGGCGUUCUCUUACUUCUCUGCAUCCCAUUUGUUUCUCCACUGAGAUGGAAGCAGAUAUUCAGAUUUCAGCUGUGGGCUACAAUAUCUCCUUAUUGGAACAAAGCUUUUCUUUCCAUCAUAGUGGUAUUGAUUGUCCUUUUUCUUGAUGCUGCAAGAGAAGUAAAAAAAUAUUCAGCGACACAAGCAGUAGACAAAAAUGCCAAGGUUUACCCAAGUUCCUAUGACCACAUCCAUAUGAAACUGUUUCGAUCUCAACGUAAUCUUUACAUCUCAGGAUUUUCUCUGUUCCUCUGGUUGGUACUACGUCGCGUUGUUUCCCUGAUUAUGCAAUUGGCAGGUGAGAUGGAAAGCCACAAUGCCAUGAAAGCCCAGGUGGAAAACGCUAAUCAGGCGGCCAAAAAAUACAUGGAGGAUAAUGAGAACCUGAAAAAGACUAUUGAGAGAAGUAAAGCACGUGAAGGUGACCAGGCAAUUACAACAGAGAAUGAGAAGCUAAAACAAGAAAUUGAACAAGGAAAGAAAGAACUAAACAGAACGGUGGAAGCCUUAUCUAAAUCACAAGCAGAAGUUAGUGCCCUGAAGAAACAGUCUGAAGGACUUACACGGGAAUAUGAUCGUCUCAUAAGGGAACAUGAACAGUUGCAGAAUACCACAGAUGAAAGGGUUAAUAAGAAAGACGAGUAGUUAUUUAAGCAAAGACACGGCCGACACAAUUCUUUGUCUUCGUGGAAGCUGUCUGCUGGAAGAACAAUUCCAUUUUCCUCUCACAAUAAUUGUGUGUGUUGGUGUUUUAGUUUUUGCUGUUUAAUAUAAUGAUCUUUUCCAGAGCGAAUGGCCCUGCUGAUUAUUAAUGGGCACCACAGCACUGAUACCUAAUGUUUAACAUUCUUAGAAGCAUUUUAGACAUGAGCAAUAGCCAAUGCUACCAGAUACCAUGGCGUGGUUGCAACCUCAAUCAGGCUGCUGUAUCUGUUUGAAGAGCUUUAGACCUGUCCACCUUCUCUUUUGUUGGGUUUCUACAAAAGGAUUUCAAGUUUCUUUUGCAAAGAAGGCAGAACAUUGAAUGCAUCCAAGUACUGUGCAAACAUCCUGACUAUGUGACAUUUAACACCCUUUAUUUUUGUUAUGAAAUCUGUUUUGCACUUAAUGCUCUGUUCAUAAAUAUGUUUAUUUUUCUUAAAAGCAUAGGAAUUUAUGUUUAAUUGUUUGAUUAAGCACGGGUUUUAACUUUUAUGGCUAUGUUUUUUUGUGCCAUUAAUAUUCUACUUUAAAAUACAGUUAAUUGUAAUUGUUUUAAUGGUGCUUUACCUAAUUGAUUUUUCUUGGUUCUCCAGUCCUCAGCGAUUUUGGCCGGCUACAGAGAAAAGUGACAGCUAUUACAAAAAUACUUGGUACUGAAUUAUUACGCUGGGUGAAUGGCAUAUACAUUAUUUUAUUGCCUGGUCCAGAUUUGACAACAUUUAAUUUGUGAUAUUUCAAAACAUUGAUAUGUGUUUACAUGUGUACACAUAUCGUUGCAUGCUGUGAAAUUGUUUAUUUUUGUAAUUUAUAAAUAUAUAUACAGCUUUUUCAUAUAUUUGAUAUUUUUGCUGCACACAAAUGUUUUUGCACUCAAUACCAAAAAUCUAGUUUGUUAAUUCACUUUAUAACAUAAAAUUCUCCGAACACAUUUUGAAAUAUAUAUUAUUACAUAAAGUUUUACUAAUAAUAUAAGAUGUAGAGUAAAUUAGUUCACUCCACCUACUCUAGUAUGUGUAGAAAUCUCUCGGCAAUAAGCAGUGAACUAUAUGUUCAGCAACAUUGGUUUAUUGGUCAGCAAAAAGUGCCUUGGUUGAUGUGAUUAAAAGAUUCUGCAAGUCUUCAAUAUGUCCCUGAAGCAUUGAGUAUAUCUAUGUUUAUAAUAGUCAAUGUAAUCAAAUUUAACCAUUCUCAUAGAACAAGGCAUGAUGCUUAUGGAAUGGGAGGUGACAGGUUUUACAAGGGUAUAAAAUCUAAUAAAAAAAAAAAAAUCUGCUGGGUAUUACAUUAAUUAAACAGCUGAACUAGAGGAUUUACUAAAAGUGAUGAGUGUAUGUCCAGCAUUAUGAAUGCUUAUUUUAACAUGAAUUGACACAAAUGAAUAACGCAUUUUUCACAUAUUGGAACGCAAUCGCUCCAAAUGACCUCUGCACCUGUAACUCACUCUUAUUUCCAAUGGGACAUCUAAGACUACACCUGAAAAUGAAUAUAUUAAUGGUAUUGUUCUGGUAGCAAAAUGUUAAUUUUGCGGUCUGUGCCAGUUGUACCUGAACUAAAACAGAAUUGAAGUUGAUAUAUCUCAAAGAUGCAGACCUUGUACACAAUGAUAUAAGUGCUUGGCUGUCUAGUUUAUUAGAAUGGUUAUCCUUAUUACAAUGGUUAGUAAUACUUUUAGGUUUGAAACAUUUCUCUAGUUAAUAGUUUUUUCUUAAAAUUGUACCUUGCAAAAAAUGUGUACUUUACAACACAACAUUUCCCCUGCACGUUUUACUAGAUAAAUUCAUAACAAGUGGGUUUAUUGAAAUAAAUAUCUAUCAACCAUUUCCCGUUUACAUCAGUACAUGUAUUAUGACAAUGGUGGGAUUAAUAACAAUCUCAAAUGUGCCACUAGUGGGUUGCACUCAGGAAAAGAACAUGUGUGGUUAAAAGAAUACUUCAACUAUUUACUUUUAUAGCAAUUUGCUAAAGAGGAGGUUGGAAGGAUACGCGGAUGCUUGCAAGAAGUGGGCAGUCAUUGUUGUUAUUUAUUUAUAGCUGGCAUCUGAUCUUUGGCAUAGCUUAAUAAAUAACAGUCGUAUUGCCAAGCACUUAAAGAAUGGAAGCUUUCAAAUUUACAGCAAACUCAUUAAAACAAGCAUGUUUCUUGUACCGUUUACGAUAACUUUGAUGUGGUCCACAAGUUGAUUAUCUAGUCCUCGGCUGAAUCUUUUGCAUCUAAAAAACCUUAUUGCACAGAAAAUGUGAUGCUGUUUACACAUAUGCCAAUAUUACCUUUUAUUUUUAUUAAAUACUGUAUCACAUCAAUAAAGAUUUGUUUUGUUAUUGCAUUA